UUCUAGUUUAGUCAAAGAAAGCGAUCAAGCAUCUGCCAUCUGGGGUGGAUGUUUUUUAACGGAAGAGAGUUCGACGGAGAGAGAAAUGGAAACUCCACGUUUCCACCAGUUCCGGUUCAAAGAGGAACGCUACAUAAAUAGGUGAUGAUUGUGAUUGGAUCAAGCAUGGCAGCUCGCAUCCCCAGUGAUGAUGUGCUGGGAUGGGUGAAGAAGGAUAAUCAUCGUUUCCUCCAUGCUGAUAUCAGAGUUGGUGAUCUUAAUCGGACCAUUAAGUUUUACACAGAGUCUCUUGGAAUGAAGCUCCUGAGCCAAAAAUACUUCCCAAAACAGAAGUACUCAAAAGCAGUUGUGGGGUUUGGCCCUCAAGACACUCAUUUCGUUUUGGAGUUUACAUGCAUUCAUGGAGUUGAAAAAUACGAGAUUGGGACCGCCUUUGGACAUAUUGGAAUCGCCACUCAGGAUAUCUAUGCAAUGGUUGAAAACAUUCGAGCAAAGGGUGGAGUGAUCACCCGUGAACCAGCAGGCCUUUCGACCAUCUACGCCUUCGGCCUGGAUCCUGAUGGCUAUUCCUAUGAGCUCAUCCAGAGUCCCCCAACUCCUGAGCCAAUCAGUCAAAUAAUGCUUCAUGUCGCCGAUCUUGAUCGUGCUAUUAAGUUUUAUGAAAAGGCAUUGGGGAUGAACCUACUACAGAAGUAUGAUAGCCAGCAAGAGCAGUUCACUCUUGGUAUGGUGGGAUAUGGAUCCAAUCUAACUCGGACGACUGUUCUGGAAUUGAAAUAUAAUUAUAACGUAACUGAGUACACAAGAGGAAACGGAUAUGCAGAGGUUGCCAUUGGUACCGAUAAUGUAUACAAGAGUGCUGCAGCUGUUAAACUGGUUACCAAAGAACUUGGAGGACAAAUAAUUCUACCACCAGGUCCAAUUCCUCAAAUCAACACCAAAAUCACUUCUUUCGUUGAUCCAGAAGGCUUUAAGACUGAUUUGGUGGACAAUAAAGAUUAUCUCAAGGAGGUGCAGAAGAAAGAGUGAUCAACCAAAAUCUAGCAUUAGGGUAGUGCUUAUUCCUUUCCAUGCAUAUUGUAUAAGGAGUCCUGCAUGCGGCGGACCAAUAUCUAAUUCUAUUGUACUUAUGCUUUUGUACGUUCGUUUUUUUGUUGA